AGCUCCUCCCCCGGUAGGUGGACGACCGGCGAGCUCCACCCUCACGCACGGACGCCGGCGAGCUCCUCCCCUGGCGCGCGGACGGCAGGCGAGCUCCUCCCCCAUCCGCGAACGCCGGAGAGCUCCUCCCCGGCGCGCGGACGGCAGGUGAGCUCGUCCCCCGCAGGCGGACGGCAGGCGAGCUCCUCCACCGCGCACGGACGCCGGCGAGCUCGCGGGACGGCCAGCAGGCUCCUCCCCCGCGCGUGGAUGACCGGUGAGCUCCUCACCCGGCAGGCGGACGGCCGGCGAGUCUUCCCUCACGCGCGGACGCCGGUGAGCUCCUCACAUAGUAGGCGGACGGCCGGCGAGCUCCUUUCCCACGAGAGGACGCCGGCGAGCUCCUCCCCCUGCGCAUGGAUGGCCGGCAACCUCGCGGGACUGCCGGUGGGCUCCUCCCCCGCGCGUGGACGGCCGGCGAGCUCCUCCCCCGUACGUGCACCGUCGCCGUCGCCGCCGCCCUGCCUCUAGUGUUGGAAGGUGAGAGCAGUGUAAAAGAUGAGAGAGAGUGGGGGAAGAGGUGAGGAUGACAUGUAGGGCCCACAUGUCCGUGGGUCCCACUAUUUCUUUUUUUUAAUGACACGUCGGUCCCACAAUUUUUUUAUUACUUUUGUGCCAGAUAAGCGACACGUCGACGACACGUGGGACGAAGACCGAGUCAACACCGUCAUAUAGGCGCCACGUCAACCAAAACCUCUUCCAAAACCACCCAGGGAUGGGAUAUAGUUUGCAUCGGUUUUAAUAGUUGGGGGAGUCAAUAUACCUGGUUUUGUUUUGUGGUUGGAGGUUAUGAAUCAUACUCGGACCAUAGUUGAGGGAGUCCAACUAUACUUUUUCCGAUGAUAUACACGUGCUUGUUUCUAGUGGGACGUAUCAGAUAGCCCGCAAUCAUAUUCCGACCCAAUUGAAAUCUGAUACCGGGCUGGGCCGUAUCCAUUACUAGAAUGAAUAUACGGCCCAAUUGAAAGCUUACAGGCACGGCGUGAGCGCGGCGUGGCUUAGCCCAAAUCGACCGACCGAUCGAUUCCAGGAGCGUCGAGCGCCUCCGCCGCGCUCCGCCGCGCUCCGCCGCCGCCGCUGCUCUCCCCGCCCCUCGCGGGGAAGUCGCGCGAGGCGUCGUCGGCGGAGAGCGCGCUGUGGUGCGCCGCCGCCGCCGCGGCAGCCUACGCCCUUGUCCGUGUUGAAUAGUACUACUACCAUAUAAACAGUCCGUCGCCGGAGGUUCUGCUAGGGUUUCGGCUAGCGGGGUGUGAGGUGGGCCGUCCGCCGCCGCCUCGGCUUGGAGCUUGGCCACCCCCUCGGCAAGGCCGGCGCCGCGCUGCUCCGCCGCCUUCCCCUCUCCCAGCCAGCGCGCGCCGCCGCCUUCCCUGAGUUCCUCCCUGACGGAUCCCGCAGGUUCCUUGCUAUUAGUAAUCGUUAAUUUUUUUACUGGGUGAUUUCAUGUUCUUGUAAAGAAUUUCAGGGUAGAAAUCCGAGUAAUUUCUUCUCUCUCUGUUGAUGUUUUUUUUCCUUCAAAUUUUCUGUUCAUGCGUAUCUACAUGUUUGUACAGCCAAACUUGAAACUGUGCAUGCGCAUCACCUUCAUGCCCAAAAUUUACAUGAAUUCCUUCCAAACAUAGUAAAGGAAAUGGUAACCAAACAAUGCAUUCCUUCCAAACACAGUAAAGGAAAUGAUAACCAAACAAUUUCUUCCUUUCAUUACUGUUUGCGGUUUCAGACUCUUACCAAACACCACCUUAAUUUAAAUCUUGCUCCAGUUUUGCACCUUAUUUGACAUGUAUGCACUGUUGUAUAUUACCCAGCCCCAUUGUUAAAGAGGAACGUAGUAGAUGUGUACUACUAUACCACAGUAUAUUAUCUUUUGGGGUUUGAAAGUAAGCCUUGUUUCCAUGAAAAAAAUGUUCCGACAUCCUUCCUUUGUAUCGAAGACCUUGUUUCAAUUAGUUGUUUACAUAUUUAACGCAAGCUCACUUGUGUGGUACGAAUUCUGUAAUGCUAUUAUGUGCUGCAAGUAUAAUAUAUUUUACCAUUCUUUUAUGUAGUGAAACCUGAAGUUUUUAGCCAAUGGUUUCUGAGAUCAGCUGUAUUAUUCAGAUUUGUGUAGUGAAACCUGAAGUUUAGCCAAUGGUUUCUGAGAUCAGUUGUAUUAUUCGGAUUUAUGCUGUGAAACCUGAAGUUUAGCCAAAGGUUUCUGAGAUCAGUUGUAUUCUUCGGAGGAGGGAUAACAAUAUUUAUGUUCUUGCAGUUGGCUGACUAUCAUUUGAGAAUGGACUCACGAUCACCAAAAAUUCCAAGGAGAAGUCCUGAUUCCAAGGAUAAGGACUCUGAUAGGAACAAGGAAAGAGAUGCCAAGAAUGAUUGGGACUCAUCAAGAGCAUAUGGCUCUGAGACUGAUUGCAAGGAGGAAAUGUGUGAUAGCAAUAAGAGGAAGGGUUUGACCAUGGGGGAAAUUGUUGUUGACAAUAGCAGAUCAGUGGAUAGUUGUCAUGAAACUGAAUUGCAUGUGUUAAGAGAUGAUCGGCAGGAUAAAUCUGUAGAGAUAAAAGAUAUUUUGCAUGAUGGAGUUGCAAAAAGUGACUAUGCUCAACGCCAGAUAGACUUGGAUAGUGAAAGAAGGAAUGGUACGGGAGAUAACUCAAGGGUGGAUGUCCUGAGAGAUGACAAAUUAGACAGCGGAAGGGACAGAAACUGGAGCGACAGAACACGGGAGCCUGAAGGAUCUAAGGACUAUGUGAGGAAUCGUCAGUGGCAAGAUUCUAAGGAGGCAAAUGAUUCUGAAUGGAAGAAUGCACAUGAAAGACUAGAUGGUGGGAGUUUCCAUGGGCGAGCUGGUUACCGGCGAGAUUCUAGGGGUAGAUCUGAAAGUAUUAGAGGUUCUUCAACCUAUGGAGGUCGGUAUGACAGUUCUGAUUCAAUAGAGAUCCGACCAAAUAACAAUCUUGAUUUUGGACGAGAGGGCUCUGUUUCUGGAAGAAGAUAUGAUGUGGGAGCUCAUCGGGAUGCAACACCUGGAACGAAUGGUGAUAAAUCCGCCAAUCCUGAAGCAGAUCAAAGUGGUAGUACCAGCACGAUUUCUCAAUUUCCUCAACAUGGUCCUAAAGGUGAUAGAUCCUCAAGAGGAAGAGGUAGACCAAAUAGCAGGGAUUCUCAAAGAGUUGGAGGCACAUUACCAAUUAUGCCCCCUCCUUUUGGUCCUCUUGGUCUGCCACCAGGACCAAUGCAACAUAUUGGGCCAAAUAUUCCCCACUCUCCAGGCCCUCUUCUACCUGGUGUUUUUGUGCCGCCAUUCCCUGGGCCUCUUGUGUGGCCUGGGGCACGAGGUGUUGAUGUGAAUAUGCUUUCUGUUCCACCCAAUCUUCCCAUCCCUCCAGUUGCUGCUGAACAUAGAUUCGCUCCAAGUAUGGGAGCUGGGCCUGGUCAUAAUAUUCACCUAAACCAAAUCGGCUCUGGAAUAGGUGCUCCGACAAAUGUGUCUGGAUUGAGUUUCCAUCAAUUGGGCACGCAAAGUCGUGAAAUGGCACAUGAUAAACCGCCUGCUGGUGGUGGUUGGACGCCACAUAGAAACAGUGGACCAACCAGAAAAGCUCCUUCAAGGGGUGAGCAGAAUGAUUACUCACAGAACUUUGUGGACACUGGCAUGCGACCUCAAAAUUUCAUUAGAGAACUGGAUCUUACAAGUGUAGCAGAGGACUAUCCAAAAUUGAGAGAACUCAUCCAGAGGAAAGAUGAAAUUGUUGCCAAUUCUGCUUCACCACCAAUGUAUUAUAAGUGUGAUCUGAGGCAACAUGUUCUUUCUCCAGAAUUUUUUGGUACAAAGUUUGAUGUUAUUCUUGUGGAUCCUCCAUGGGAGGAGUAUGUUCACCGGGCACCAGGAAUCACAGAUCACAUAGAGUAUUGGAAUGCUGAGGAGAUUAUGAAUUUAAAGAUUGAGGCUAUAGCAGAUACUCCAUCUUUUGUCUUCCUUUGGGUUGGUGAUGGUGUAGGUCUUGAGCAGGGCCGUCAAUGCUUAAAGAAGUGGGGAUUUCGUAGAUGUGAGGAUGUUUGCUGGGUAAAAACCAACAAGAAAAAUGCAACACCCAGUCUGCGGCAUGACUCUCAUACAAUACUGCAACACUCAAAGGAGCAUUGCUUGAUGGGUAUUAAAGGAACAGUGCGACGUAGCACUGAUGGACAUGUUAUCCACGCUAAUAUUGACACAGAUAUAAUAAUAGCUGAAGAACCAACCGAUGGCUCAACUAAAAAGCCUGAAGACAUGUACAGAAUAAUUGAGCAUUUCGCUCUUGGAAAGAGGCGCCUUGAACUCUUUGGAGAGGAUCAUAACAUUCGUCCUGGUUGGCUUACUCUCGGGAAAGGUUUAUCGUAUUCCAACUUCAACAAAGAGGCUUAUAUCAAGAACUUUGCAGACAAGGAUGGGAAAGUAUGGCAGGGAGGCGGUGGACGAAAUCCUCCUCCGGAGGCUCCCCAUCUAGUUGUGACGACACCUGAGAUUGAGGGCCUCAGGCCAAAGUCACCCCCACAGAAGAACUAAGGGCAGCAGCCAUUGGGCUCUAUAGGUGUGGUUGCAAGUGCACUUACAAGCGAGCAACCUGGUAGAAUAUCCCCGAGAUCAGUAGUUACCGUGAUUGGUUCAGACUUGAGAGGCUAAUUUUUUCGUACCUGUAGCUUUAUUACAUCGCAUUUCCUCUUAUUGAAGUUUAGCCGAGGUGGUGCGGAUGGAUAUUCAGUCUAACAGACUCAAUGAACGCUUUGUUGUAUGACUUGUACAGUACUGGCUGCUCGAACAGGAUGGUUCAGCUUCCAGAAAUUUGGCAACGCUCCAUUUCAAAGAAAAUCAUUCAGUAUUUGCCUUCUUGUUGUUA